AUGUAUCGCGCCUCGCCGCACCGUUGGAAGCUCUGGAGCAUACUCUUGCUGCCUCAACUGCUUCAAUGCGCUGUAGCCAUUGAUGCUACUCCGAGAUGGGGUCAAGCCACCGUCCUAGUCUACGACGCCCUCUUUAUCUAUGGUGGAAAGACAGACGAGUUCAACUCGUAUUCCUACACCCAAGCACCCAACACCAACGACAUCCUCUACCUCUCAUUAUCCUCGCCAUUUACCGGCGAGUCGCCGCGAUGGGAACUUGUCAGCGGUUCAUCGAAUACUUCAACUUCCCAAGGCCCCGCACUCGCAUGGCACACCCUCUCUGCCUUCAACAACACAGACGUCCUCCUCUUCGGAGGCCAACCAGACGCCAAUUCCCCCAUCGUUAUCACCGAUCGCAACGAUUCCGCAGCACUCCUCGACGUCUUUUCCCGGUUGGGCCCUACCUGGAGUUCAGAACCUUCCUCAUGGGGAGGAGAGCCUAUUCGGCGUAUACGGCACUCAACCGCCACAUCUCCUGAUGGCUUGGUGUUCAUAUUCGGCGGAGAGAAGGCGGAUGGUUCCCAGAAUGCAUUGUCAGACCACUAUUACUUCGACCCCAAAUCCCUAACAUUCAACCCUCUUCCUUCGACAAACGCACCCCCGGGCCUCUAUGGCCAUGUCUCGAUCAUGCUUCCAGAUGGCAGGAUCCUUGUGUUUGGAGGGUAUUGCCAAUCUCGAGGCGAACUGCUUUCUCUUGGCACGAUUUGGGUUUUGGAAUCGAAGACGUUGGCGUGGUCUGUCAUCACGGUUGACUCAGCCAACCUGCCUUCGCCACGGAUGUCUUUCGCCGCUGUUCUGAUUUCAGGAGAAAGGAUUAUCAUCCACGGAGGAAGUGACGCAAAUCUACAGAACAACUUUGAAGAUGGCUGGGUGCUGGACACGACAACGCUUACAUGGACCCGGAUUGACGCUCUAUCGCUACUCGGGCCCAGAAGAGACCAUUGUGCAGUAUUUUACGGUGGUCAGGUUAUUUUCGGCUUCGGAUAUACAAACAGCGGACCGGCGCCAGCGCCUUUGCAGAUUUUUGACCCCUCCUCAAACGUAUUCAUUCCUUCGUACACGCCACCACCUGCUACCUCUACUCCCACUCAAACAUUCCCUCUGCCGACCCAAACCCCCAAGCCCAAUACUCCGACAUCUCCACCCAAACCUACCAAUGGUGGUGUUCAACCAACGUCGACCGUCGGUGUUCCGCCAGACAACAACGGCAGCAACGGCAGCAACGGCAGCAACGAUGACGAUGAUAGCGGGAGCAGCAGUAGCACAACAGCCAUUGCUGUCAGCACUGCGUUUGGUGUGCUUGGUCUCAUCGUCGUCGGUCUCGGAGUAGCAUAUUACGUCCGUCGGCAGCAUCGUGCAAAAGAAGGCGAGCGCAGAUUCAUAGCACUCGGCGAAUAUGACGACGACGAUCGAGGCAGUCCACAUCUCCACGAGCGGAUCCCAAUUGCAAACAUGAGCGAAAUCAACUCACCGCCGCCUGCUCACCACGGAAUUCUGGCAACACUAGGAUUGGUCGGGGCAGCAACAAGACUACGAGCAGUCAGCAACCCGCAGCAGCGGCGUGACAUGCUCGCGGAUGAAGAUACGCAAAGUUUCGGCGAGUGGUACAAUGCCAGGCGCCGAGAAGGGACAGCUGGCAGCUCAUGGUCGUUGCGGAGCAUCCUCGGUGGCCUGCGGAGUCGAGAGGUGAGCACGACAGGCCAAGGCCCGAGCAAUCUGCCGACGCCAUGGAGAGAAAAGGCGGAUCCAUUCUCGGACGGCGCGUCGCUGAUCCGGGACGAGGAGACGGGUUUCAUCGGUGCUGCUAUGGGUGCUAGUACGAGACCCCAUGGGCAGAGAGAGGCGAGCUUUACGAGUUCGAAGAGUGGGAGGAGCUAUCGUGAUCCAUUCUCUGAUCCUAUCGAGGAGGAGAGGAGGAUAUUCGAUGAAGCUGCAGAACCGUACAGAGACCAAGAUCAGACAUCGGACGAUGAACUCGAUCCUUCCCGCCCGUCGAUCCGUGCUGUGCCAACAUUACCACCGUUGAAAACUGUCCUGCCGCUGUCACAACAAGCUGGCCAUCCUCUCAGCCCACUUUCGGAACACACGUCCCAGAGCACCCUACCUCUUCAGACAUUCAGCACUUCUGGUUCUUCCCACGCGCAUUCAAGUGAGAAUAGUCCAUUCCCUGGAGGUUCCUUAUCUCGUGCAACUUCCUUGACCUCGAUGGAACCUACCCCGCUACCACCUCGCUCGCCGCCUCCCAAGACAUCGUCUAUCAUUGGCGCAGGCUUGCUCGGCUCCAGCCAACCCAUGCGGCGGUCCAACUCGUGGUGGUCCAGAUUCUCACGUACGAGCCUGCUAGAUCGCCGGUCCAGCGUUGUCUCUCGAGCAGGAUACGAGAUUCGCGACCCGAACCCACCGCCGAAGCUCGUCGCGAUCGAAGAGCGCAGCGUGGUCUCGUCACCGACACCCGAUAAGAAUUCGCCUGGAACGGGCAGCCCUGGCAGUGCAGAGGUCGGAGCAGGAAAGAAGAUGUCGCCACAGCAGGCGGCCCUCCUCUCCCGCGCAAACUCAGGGCGGCUGUUUGGGACAGGCCAUGGCAAAUCAAUGACCUCGCUCCGGACAGCGGACUCAGAGGCCAUAGAGAGGAUGGCGGGCCAGAUGGAUGUUGUACAGCGGGUAACGACGAGGAGCCAGCGCGGAACAGGGAGUAUAAGUUCCACUGGCGGGCACAGUAUUGAUACGCAUGAGUCGGCGUCGGAGCUGGGUGUUGGCGAGGCCCAGAGGGAGAGAGAGGGCAGUCGCGAUAGUUGGCACGGUCAAGAUGAGAACUUGAUUUUCUUCACAUCGCCUGUGGAGGAUACGCAUCAGAGCAAAGGCUCGCUUGUGGACCCUUCGUCCCACCCAUUAGCACCUUCGGAAUCAACGCCCCAUCCUCCUCAACUAAACUCGCCCCCUCCGUCUGCCUGGCCCGCCUCGAAGGCUCGUACUGGAUCGACGACGCCUCCGGGCUCAGACAAUAGCCCCCACUCGUCGCCAAGUGUUGCAUCCCGCGUGCGGGCGUUCGAGCGCCGGAUGUCGCAGGAGGCACCGGUCAGCCCACCACCCACGAACACAAAGCAUAGAGAGGAGCGGACGAAGAAGCGGGUCCAGGUAGAUUAUGGGCUCGUGAAGAGGCCGAAUCUGUUCGUCGCGAACCCGGACCACCGGUCGUCGACGUACUCAGCGGAAUCUUCAUAA